AAAAAGUAUGGCUGAGAAAAGUGCUCAUUUGACUGGAACUACAUAUAUCAGACCUUCUAUUUUUGAAUUUAUUGCACAGGAAUCGCUUGCCGCCACCUUAGAACAGGCUUUUAAAAAGAUUCUUUCGUUUCUUGUAUCUUUUAAUCCUGAAAGAUAUGGACAUAUUUUGCAAUGGACGGAUGAAGCCUACUUAGUUUUUAAUAUAUUUAUCCAAAGAUAUUAUCUAAAAAAGUAUUCUGCAUCAUUUUCUGAAACAUUCUAUGAUCUAAAGCGUGUUUCAGUCCAUAAAUCUAAACUCCAAGAAAAGUUGUCUUAUAAACAACAAGUGUUAUCAUUAAUAAUAAUUGUGGCGUUUCCAUAUUUAAAAACUAAGCUGGAACAACUUAGUUCAAAAUAUAUACUUGAAGAAGCAGAUAAUCAAGGAAUAUUAAAAGAGAGAAGGCAGAAGUUACUCCGUAAAUGCAUUAUUAAGGGGCACUCAAUAAUCUUUGUAACAUACGAAAUACUGAAAUUAUAUAAUUACAUAUUAUAUAUAUCUGAAAAGUCAGUAUAUCCAUUGCCCUUACUAAGACUGUUAUCUGUUACAUUGACGUAUGCUGAUCCACAGUCUGCUCUCACUAUUUCGGAGCUACUACGAAAGAUAAAAUACAAUACAUUUACUAUUAAUGAUGGAUGGGAUAUUUUUCAAAGAAUAAUCACUAGUUCUUUUGAACUAGGAACCUUCUUCUUACAGUUUGUUUCAUGGUGGAAUCAAGAAAAUUAUGGUACAAAUAUUACGAGUCUUCCAGCUCCACCUCCUCCAGAGAUAUCAAACGUAGCACAACAAUACAAAGGAAUUUGUCCAAUUUGUUGCAAGUCUCAGCAUAUACAUACAGUACUUACGGUAUCUGGUUAUGUAUUUUGUUAUCAUUGCAUUUUAUCGGAAGUACGGAAAAACAAAAGAUGUCCCGUAACACAUUAUCCUGCCAAAGAAGAUGAUUUAAUACGUUUGUAUAUAGACUAGUAUAUUAAAUUAGAUAUGUUUGAUAUAUAGAAUAUAUAUAUGUUUGAGUACUGUAAAAAAAUGUAUAUAAAAUACGAAAAAUGUGGAAAAUUGGUA